AUGAAUCCAGCGCCGACGUCUCUCUGGAACACAAAAAACCUCGGUCUACGACUCUGCGCAGAUGUAGCGUCCGCAGCAACCGCAGCCGCCCUGGUUGCACCCGUCAUUACUGCAAUCGACAAGGCCAUUAUUGAAAACGCCUCUGGCAGACAAACAUUAGGUCGUUCUCUACGCGAUUCUCUUGCAACAUUCACACUGCGACCACAUCAUUUCCUCUUCUCCAAGCCUUUUGCUUUGAUCUUUAUGCUGUAUGGCGGCACCUAUAUCACGGCAAACGCACUCGACACUUGCGCCAGCACGAUAAAAGGCAGACCUGCAUCAACCACAACAUCAGGCCCGGCAAAGUUCCUCGCAACCUCGUCUGCCAAUCUGUCACUCUGUCUGUACAAAGACAGCAGGUUUGCUAAACUGUUUGGCGCCGCUACAUCUUCUCCACGCCCUAUCCCUGGACCCAGUUAUGCGCUGUUUGCUGUCCGCGAUUGCUUGACCGUGUUUGCAUCGUUCAAUGUUCCGCCAUUGAUUGCGCCGAUGCUGCCUCUUUCGGAAAGCAUGCAAAAACAUGUUUCUGCCGCCUCAGCUGCACAGUUCCUGGCUCCUGCUGCUGUGCAAUUGAUCUCUACGCCUUUGCAUCUGCUCGGUCUGGAUUUGUACAAUAGAGAUGGUACACUCGGAGCCAAGGAUAGAUGGGCAAGGGUUAGAAGAGACUGGAUAAAGAGUUCGUUUGCUAGAAUGGCGCGCAUUGUGCCAGCAUUCGGAGUGGGUGGAGUGGUUAAUACGAGGGUAAGGAAGGGGCUUAUGCAGAGGUUGGAGUAA